AUGCCCAACACCAUACCUUCAUCAAAGUAUCGGUCGGCAUAUUUUACGGAUUCCACGUCUAUUGCUUUCUCUUUUUUCCCCCUUUUUGCUCUGUUCUUUUUCUGUUUCGAGUGUUCCGUCACUUUUUUUCCUGUUUUCCUUGGUAUAUCCUCAAGUUUUCCCUCAGCCCUCUCCCUCCAUCUUUCAUUCAAAGGUAUUCCCCCCCUUCUACUUUCAUCCUGUGUCUCCUUAUCUCUCUCGCCUGUGGGGGUAAACCUGUACAAUUUCUCAAAUGCAAAUUCUCUUCCCUUAUCUCCAUGUCGGUACGGAAAUCAGGAGGGUAACAAUGGCCGUAAAUGCUAUUCUAUAAUUCUCUUGUCUUUUCCUUCCUUUGUUCUCUUCUCUGUCCUCUCUUCACCUUGUCUUUCUCUCUUUUUUGAACCUUUGUGUUUUUCUCUGUCUCCUCGCAUCUCUCUACCGCUUAUUCGUUUUUGGCGAAGUUUUUAUAUAGAAAAUGAUAGCAAUUCGAUGACGUUAAACAUGACUUCUUUACUCGUUUGA